UUGCUGUUUCAGACGAGCGCGUUCAGUCACAGCCGAGAGACGCGAGCUCGAGACAUUUAUCCACAAUUUGUAUGUCGAGUUUGUAAUAAUGGACAGGCAUCAUUCACACGCACAAGUAAAAGGUGUCAGCACCGGCACCACCAUUCUUGCUGUUAAGUUCAAUGGAGGAGUUAUCAUUGGGUCUGACUCGAGAGCUUCUAUGGGAGAAUCUUAUGUGUCUUCCAAAACCAUCAACAAGCUGAUCCAGGUGCAUGAUAGAAUAUUUUGCUGCAUAGCUGGAUCACUGGCAGAUGCACAAGCUGUUACCAAAAUGGCCAAAUUCCAGCUGUCUUUUCACAGUAUUCAGAUGGAAUCUCCUCCUUUGGUAAAAGCCGCAGCAUCCAUCAUGAGGGAACUUUGCUAUAGUAAUAAGGAAGAGCUGCAGGCGGGCUUCAUCACAGCGGGCUGGGACAGGAAGAAGGACCACAGGUGAUGCUCUACUAAACACAAACUAAGAACAGAGGAUCUGAAUACAGUUCUGCUUCACAAUCUCAAAGUUGUAUGCAUGCAAAUAAAUAAAAAUAAUAAAGAGAAUAAUAUAAUACUAACAGCACCAAUUUGGAUUGAAAAAGAUUACCUAGCGAAAAAAAAGUACAGAAAAAUCAUGUUUUUGUCUAUGUAUUCAAAUGUUAUACAAAUCUCUGCAAUGCAGAUGAAUGACAUUCUCUUUUGCAAAUGUGUUGUCUUUGCACAGAUAUACGUAGUGUCUUUGGGAGGAAUGCUGCUCAGUCAGCCUUUCACCAUCGGUGGAUCUGGCAGCACGUAUAUCUAUGGUUAUGUGGAUGCCAAAUUCAAACCUGACAUGAGUUUAGAAGAGGCUAUGCAGUUUUCCACAAAUACUCUGGCUCUGGCUAUGGGUCGGGACAAUGUUAGUGGCGGUGUGGUUCACCUGGUUGUGAUCACUGAAGCAGGAGUCAAGCAUAUAGUUGUUCCAGGAGAUAAACUGCCCAAGUUCCACGAUGAAUAGAACACAAAUAUUACCAACGUGGAUGGUUCUACAAAUAUCACUACUUUGUGAUUGGAUGUGUGCAGAUUUAUGAUUUUGCUAAAACGUAUUUCUCAUACCUCUUUUGUUAUUCAUAAUAAAUAAAGAUAUAUA